AUGGGGGACAAAAAGGGCCGUCUACGUCACAUAAGGAAAAUCAUCCCCGACCCACUACCUCCACCAGCUACUGUGACUAUAACUCCUGCAGGCUCGGAUUCUGUUCCUGAUGAUCUAUCAUCAGAGUCUGAGCAGCUGGAAACUCAAGACGGAGACAACAGUGAUGACGACCACUCACUUGGGCACAUUGCAUCCGUUCUCGCACAGCGCUCAUUAGAAGACGAGGACACCAUAGAUGUGGGGUUUGGAUUCAAUGAUAUCCCCCUUCAACAACUUUUCAACUUCGAAGACGAGAGCUGGGUAAAAAUGACAGAAGCAUUCGGGAUGAGAUCAAUUGAUGAUAAAUUCGAGUUCUACGAGUUAGUUGACAUGGAUGCGGAAGGUGAAGACGACGAGCAAACAUUCGACAACAUGAUGAGUAGUACAAUCUAGUGUUUAUCUACAGCCAAUGAUACCGCAUUCUUCCAGCUUAGUAAGGCCUGGGAAAGCCAACCGCCGCUGUACCGCCAAUGGCUAAGCCUAACCAAUUUUCGUGGCUAGUCAGUGGCUGGCCACUGGCGGUAGAAACACUG